AUGGCCGACGACCAGUCGGCGGCAAAGAAAGCAGAGACGCGCUCGCGCAGAAGCUACGCGUGCGGGCCCUGCAAGCGGUACAAAACCAAGUGCAAUCUCGAGACGCCGUGCCUAGCGUGCACGUCUGCCAAGCGGCCCGAGGAGUGCUUGCUCAACCCCCCGAACCCGCCGUCGGAGGCGGAGAAAAGCCGCAUCGAGAAGCGGCGGCGCAAGUCGUCGCAGCAGAAAAAGGAGGCCAGGGGCCUGCGCCGGCCUGGCGUGAAAAACCCGCGCAGCCCGGCCCACACCAGCGCGGCGGGAUCGCCCCAGAACGAGUCGCUGGGCGUGGAUCUCCUUUUUCCUGUGGCGCCGGACGAGGUGGCGCCCCCGCCCAUCCGCGCGCCGCACCUCAAGGACUUUGGCUUCAUCAGACGCAGCUACCAGGACUGGGCCAGGCAGACCAUGGUGAUCCCGCUCGCGGAGUUUCUCCGGUGCAAGGCCGUGGCGCGCUGCCUCUCGUACGAGCAGUUGCUCAGGUACUUCCGGCGGUUUGCCCGCUGGGACAGCGACGGGUUCCAGUACCUCGUGGACUCGCAGACGUGCUUCAACAUAGCCAGCAACUUCUUGGUGAAGGUGCCCGCGUCCGCAGACGACUUGGACAGCCGCACGUUCAACGCGUUGCUGGUGCGCGGGAUGUCGUUGGUGUUCUGCGUGGUGGCCAUCGGCAAGGUGUUGGAGGGCGACCCGCAGACCGCGGACGUGUGCUUGGCCCUCGCCGAGGACUUCAUGGUGCUUCUUGGCGAGCCCGAGAGCUUGGGCGACUUCAUCCACCUCGGCAUCUUCGUGUUGGUCAACAAGACGCCGUCGUUGCUCCUCAGCAACCCGCUCCGCAUCUUGCGGCUCUUCAAGGACUUCACGCACAAGAUGAACGCGUCCGCCGAGGUGCUGCGGUAUCUCACGAUGACAGACGCCGCCAAGCGCGAGAAAAACGAGGAGUUCAUUGCGUUUGCGCGCGUGUGGGUGCUUGCCCGCUUUGCCGAGCCGGACGUCAGCGUGCUCAGUGCCGAGGGCAGCUUGCAGCUCAGCGUGGGCCCGGACAGGCGGCGCAUCCUGCCGGACCCGGAGCUCAGCCGCCAGUUGUUCCACAGCCACGUGGACGUGUUGGCCGCGGGCUGGCAGGUGUUCGACAUCGCCAACCUCAUCUCGUCGCGGUACUUCCAGCGCUUCGAGAACGUGACGGACGUGCCGCUGCUCAUCCACGCGUACCUCCUGCUGUACCUGGAAAUGGGCAUGGUGAUCGCGCCGCUCACCAGCAAAAUGUACUUGGCGCUCCAGAAGGACUGCACCACGGUGCCCGCCGUGGCCGCGUACAACGACGCCAUCUUGGUGCUGGUGCUCGUCAACUACUUCUCCACCCGCUGGCUCGGGCUCGUCAAGGUCGAGCGCCCGCACUUCCCGGCGCUCCGCUUCGCGCACUACGUGUCCACGCUCAUGAGCACCUUCAACUGGAUCGAGGAGUUGGACUUCCGCCUCUUCGACGGCUCCGGCGCCAUCUACGCACUUGUGCUCGGCAACAGCAAGAACUUCCUGUUUCUCCAGAUGUACCUCCAGCUCACGCACCAGGCCGUGUUCCUCGUGGUGCUUGCGCAGUUCCGCUCGCCGUUGUCGCACCUUCACCAUCGACCUCGACUACAUCUUCCGCUGCGUACGCGCCGCUUGGAGCCCUUCUGCCUCAUCCCGGCCGUGGCCGACAUCUUGGCCGUUGUCGAGGCGCUCGAGGAGUUUGCGCUCAGCACGCCCAUCUUGGCCGACGACCCGGACGAGCUUCUCGACGCGCUCCAGACGUGCGUGGAGCCGCUGCUCUGGCAGGCCAUGACGCUCAUGCUGUUCGGCCUGCUGGCCACGUGCGCGUCGUACGUCGAGCAGUUGUGGCAGCUAGCCAUGCAGGUGCAGAGCAACGGCACCGACGAGCUCUACAUCACCAAGGAUCUCCGGCUCGACACGGCGUUUCUCCGCAACUUCGAGACGUCGUUCGAGCCGUUCCGCUUCUCGCAGGACUUGGCCGAGCAGUACAUCCACGACGUGGUGGACCCUGCCAUGGCACUGCUGGAGGAGGGCGAGGCGAGCGACACCCUGUAG